CCCAAUUUAUAACCCUAAUUCUCUCAUAACCGGAAUCCUCUGAAUCAGCCAUGGCGAACUCCAGAGAAGCCGACCCCAAUCUGGGGUAUUUGACGAAGAAAGAAACGGAGGUGAAGCUGCCCCGACCUACUCGCGUCAAGAACAAGACGCCUGCUUCGAUUCAAAUCACUGCCGAGCAAAUCCUUCGUGAAGCUAGAGAGCGUCAGGAGGCUGAAAUCCGCCCCCCCAAGCAGAAAAUCACCGACUCCACCGAGCUCGGCGAUUACCGCCUCCGCAAACGCAAGGAAUACGAAGAUUUGAUUCGAAGAGUGCGGUGGAACAAGAGCGUGUGGGUGAAGUAUGCAAAAUGGGAAGAAUCUCAGAAGGAUUUCGCCCGAUCUCGGUCAGUGUGGGAGCGCGCGCUCGAGGUGGAUUACAGAGACCACACACUGUGGCUCAAGUAUGCUGAUUUUGAGAUGAAGAAUAAGUUUGUGAAUCACGCUAGGAAUGUGUGGGAUCGCGCAACCCAGCUGCUGCCGAGGGUUGAUCAGCUUUGGUACAAGUACAUCCACAUGGAGGAGGUUUUGGGGAAUGUGGCUGCGGCUAGGCAGAUUUUUGAGAGGUGGAUGAAGUGGAUGCCUGAUCAGCAAGGAUGGCUCUCCUAUAUAAAGUUCGAGCUUCGGUAUAAUGAGGUCGAGAGGGCUAGAGAGAUUUUUGAGCGCUUUGUGGACUGUCACCCCAAGGUCAGUGCUUGGAUUAGAUUUGCUAAGUUUGAGAUGAAAAAUGGGGAGAUAGCUCGUGCCAGGAAUUGUUACGAGAGGGCUAUUAAUAAGUUGGGAGAUGACGAGGAGGCGGAGGAGUUGUUUGUGGCUUUUGCGGAGUUUGAAGAGAAAUGUAAGGAGACAGAAAGAGCUAGAUGCAUAUAUAAGUUUGCACUGGAUCAUAUUCCAAAGGGACGGGCAGAAGAGCUGUACAAGAAGUUUGUAGCGUUCGAGAAGCAAUAUGGUGACAGGGAAGGAAUUGAGGAUGCUAUUGUUGGAAAGAGGAGGUUUCAGUAUGAGGAUGAGGUGAGGAAGAAUCCUCUUAAUUAUGACGUAUGGUUUGAUUAUAUUCGUCUUGAAGAGAGCUGUGGGAAUAGGCAGAGGAUUGAGGAUGUGUAUGAGAGGGCAAUAGCAAAUCUGCCUCCUGCUCAGGAGAAGCGCUACUGGCAGCGAUACAUAUAUAUGUGGAUUAAUUAUGUUUUGUAUGAGGAGCUUGAUGCCCAGGAUGUUGACCGAACAAGAGCAAUAUAUAACUUGUGCCUGAAGAUGAUUCCUCAUGAGAAGUUUUCUUUUGCAAAGAUAUGGCUGAUGGCCGCACAAUUUGAAAUACGCCAAUUAAAUAUUGACCGGGCUCGGAAAAUAUUGGGGUCAGCAAUUGGUAUGGCUCCCAAAGAUAAGAUCUUCAAGAAGUACAUUGAGAUAGAGCUACAACUUGGUAACAUAGAACGGUGCAGGAAACUCUAUGAAAAGUACUUGGAGUGGUCUCCUGAGAACUGUUAUGCAUGGAGCAAGUAUGCUGAGUUGGAGAGGUCCUUGUCAGAAACUGAACGUGCCCGAGCUCUUUUUGAGCUUGCAAUUGACCAACCUGCUCUAGAUAUGCCAGAGUUACUAUGGAAGGCAUAUAUUGAUUUUGAGAUUUCUGAAUCUGAAUAUGGAAGAACUAGAGAUCUUUACGAGAGGCUGCUGGACAGGACUAAACACCUGAAGGUGUGGAUAAGUUAUGCCAAGUUUGAGGCUUCUGCUAUGGAAGAGGUCCUUCAGGACUCAGAGUUGUCUGAAAGUGAAUAUAAGAAAAAGUGCCUUCAGCGGGCCAGAGGUGUAUUUGAAAAAGCCCUUAGCUAUUUUAGAACUUCUGCCCCUGAGUUGAAAGAGGAAAGAGCAAUGCUUUUGGAAGAGUGGUUGAACACAGAGAAAAGUUUUGGUGAGCUGGGUAAUGUGGAGUUAGUUACUUCCAAGCUUCCAAAGAAACUAAAGAAGAGACGUCACAUUGAAACUGAGGAUGGUCCAGCUGGUUAUGAGGAGUAUAUCGACUAUCUAUUCCCAGAAGAAACACAAACCACAAAUCUCAAAAUUUUGGAAGCGGCGUACAAGUGGAAGAAGCAGAAGGUCGUUUCUGACGAUGAUUAGUUGGGUAACGACUGCUGUGGCCAUUUGAUCUUGUUCUUAAUGUUGGCUUUGACAUUUCUGUAUGUAUGUAUGGCAAUUUGCCGAUGUACACAAGAUUCUUAAGCUGCAAAGACAAUUUUGAUAUUAA